CGUUUUUUUAUACAUUUAUUACCAUGGCAAAGGGAAGAUCAGCAAUUAGUAAAGCAAUGGGGAAAAAAAAGACUUCGGAAUCCCAUGUGUCUGGAUUAUCUACUUCAAAACCAUCAACAAAAAGGAAGGAAGCACCUACUAAGUUUGGCAAUCUCUCUCGAAAGGAUAAGCAACAAUUACUUGAUUAUGGUGAACUGGUGCCUACUGACUUUGCUGAAGAUGAAUUGGAUGAACAAGACAGUGAACAAGCAAAGCGACGACGACGAGUAGUUAAUGAAGAGGAUUUGGAUCGUGAAAUGGAAGAACAACGACGACGUGACAAUGGUGAACUAGUUACUGAUGAUGAAACUUCGGAAGAAGGAGAAGAAGAAGAAGACUGGGAAAAACCUUCAGCAUACUCUCUUUUGAUGGGCUCCUUGAAAAAGACAUCAAAAAACCAAGACUUUUAUAAAAAGAUUCAAUUGGAACAAGAAGGAUUGGAGGAUAUUGAAGAAGAAUAUGAACAAGAAAUAGAUUCUAAUCAAGAUGAUGAAUCUGAUGAAAUGGAAGAUAUGGACGAAGAAGAUGAUACAAAUUUGGAACAACAAGAUGAUGAUGUUUAUGAUCAUGAUGAUAUGGAACCAACAAAAUCAGAUAAUGAACAGGAAGAAGAAGAAGAAGAAGAAAUUGAAAUUGGGUAUAUAUCAUCUGAUGAUGAAGAAGAAUUACGAGCCAACAUUUAUGAGGAUCGAUUCAAGGAUCAUCAACCUACGAAUUUUGAUGAAAAGAUUGCCUAUAUAGAACAAAAGAAAUGGACCCCUGAAACAUGGCAAGACGAUGAACUUAAAGAUGUGGUUUCUCAUUAUCCUGAUCCUACUACUUCUAUUAAAGACACAAAAAAGAAAUCUACGACAUUGGAAGAGUAUCAAGUCAAGGAAAAAGUGGCUCGACAUUGGAAAACUACAAAUAAAUCCUGUGUUAGCAAAGGUCCUUCAGUAUUUACACCUCUUCAAGAAAGUUUAUUUGAACAUAUCAACAAGUACAGGGAUAUCAUGUUUAGCAAUCGAUCUAUUACCAAUGCAAAGGAAAUCCGAAAUCUAUAUGCUUUACAUGCUGUCAAUCAUAUUACAAAAACUCGCGACAGAGUCAUGAAGAACAAUGCGAAAAUCCAAAAAGCACAUAAAGAAAACAAGGAUCCUGGGGAAUAUCGUGAUCAAGGCUUUACUCGUCCAAAGGUGUUAAUUGUUCUACCAUUCAGAAACACUGUGAUUGAUGUAGUGGAAUCUCUUAUCAAAUUAUCAGGAAGUGAACAACAAGAAAACAAAAAACGAUUCUAUGAUCAAUUCAGUUUGUUGGAAGAAGAUAAAGUGGAUGACAGUAAACCAGCCGACUUUAAGGAAACUUUUAAGGGCAACAUUGAUGAUCAUUUCAGAUUGGGGAUCAAGUUUACGAAAAAAUCCAUGAAAUUGUUUAGCGAUUUUUAUCACUCGGAUAUUUUGAUUGCCUCUCCUUUGGGAUUACGGACAUUGAUUGGAUCAGAAGGUGACAAGAAACGAGACCAUGAUUACUUAUCAUCCAUUGAAAUCAUGAUUCUAGAUCAAACCACACAUUUUCUGAUGCAGAAUUGGGAACAUAUCGAUCACAUCUUCCAACACAUGAAUCUGAUUCCAAAUGAUGCUCAUGGCUGUGAUAUCUCAAGAAUCAAAAAUUGGUAUUUGGAUGGAAAAGGACGCUAUUUACGACAAACCUUGGUAUUUGCUGACUUUUUGACUCCAGAAUUGAAUGCUUUGUACAACAAAUACAUGAAGAAUAUUACUGGCAAAUUGAAAAUCAAGCAAUCAUAUGAAGGAACCAUCAUGGAUGUCACCACUCAAGUACCUCAAUCUUUCACUCGUAUUGACACUACCUCAUUGGCUGCUAUGGAUGAUGCAAGAUUCAAAUUUUUUGUGGAAAAGACGUUACCAUCACUUCGUCGAUCGGCUAUGAUGCAAUCACAUACCCUGUUCUUUAUCCCUUCCUACUUUGAUUUUGUACGCAUCCGGAACUAUUUGGAGGAUAACAAGUAUGACUAUGAACCAUGCUGUGAAUAUACAUCUGGUGGUGGGAUUGCACGUGCGCGUGCACAGUUCUUCCAUGGACGGACCAACUUUAUUCUCUAUACCGAACGACUUCACUUCUUCCGACGGUACAACAUUCGUGGCACCUAUCACGUGGUAUUUUAUGGUUUACCGGAUCAUGCUUCUUUUUAUGCCGAAGUGGUCGACUUUUUGGGUCUGAAAAUCAACGAUCAAGCCAGUGCUGCUGAAGAAGCCACUUUUUCUUGUACUGCUCUCUUUUCCAAAUAUGAUUUUUUGAAAUUGGAACGUAUUGUAGGAUCCGAACGGGCAAAAAACAUGUGUACUGCUCAAAAGAAUGUUUUUUAUUUCCAAUAGAUUAGAAUUUAUUUAUUUUUUUUUUUUGUAUUUAUUCAUUCAUCAAUAAAAAAAAAUCAUCAUCAUCAUCCUUUUUUUUAAAAAAAAA